UAUUGUGAGGUUGCUCCCAAAGUCUUUGUUCGAUAGUGAGAGGCACCCAAUGCCUUCGUCCGCUGAUGGAAGUUUGGAAAUACUUUCUAGGAGCUAGAGACAGUCACUACCCAAAUUGGAUUGACGAAUUAUCUUUCUCUCUUUCUUGUUUGCGUUAUUACCUGAUCGAAGCAAAAAAAAAAAAAAAAAUUGUUGCCUUCAUGAUCUUUUCACUGUAAAUCAAGGUUCUAAUCAUCAAGUUUCCCAGGAGACGAGGGAGCCUUUGCUGAAUUCCAACUUGAAGUGAUUUUUUGGUCACCAGUAAAUUGUAACAGUCCAUUAUGGCAUCUUCCUCCAUGGCUCGAAAACAAAAGUAUGAUGUGUUCCUUAGCUUUAGAGGAGAGGAUACCCGUGAUAAUUUCACUAGCCAUCUCUAUGAUGCUUUAUGUCAUAAAAAAAUCAAGACCUUCAUAGACAAUGACCUUGAAAGAGGGGAAGAAAUAACACCGGGCCUUUUGAGAACAAUUGAAGAAUCAAUGAUUUCUGUAAUCAUUUUCUCCAAAAAUUAUGCAUCUUCUCCAUGGUGCUUGGAUGAAAUGGUGAAGAUACUUGAAUGCAAGGAAAUUUAUGGUCAAAAGGUUUUACCAAUCUUUUACCAUGUAGAUCCAUCUGAUGUUGAAGGACAAAGUGGCAGUUUUGCAGAUACAUUUAUUGAGCUUGAGAAGAACUUUAAGGAGAAAAUGGAAAGGAUGCCCCGAUGGAGGGCUGCCUUAAUGAAAGUUGCUAGUAUAUCAGGAUGGGAUUCCCGAGUGAUAAGGUCUGAGGCUAAACUUGUGAAAGAAGUUGUGGAACAUAUUUUGAGGAAAUUGAACCAUGCAUCCUCAGGAGAUUCAAAGGGUCUGAUUGGAAUAGACUCACACAUUAGACUGAUUAAAAAUUUGUUACACAUUGGGUUGACAAGUGUUCGUAUUGUAGGAAUUUGGGGUAUGGCUGGCAUAGGUAAAACAACUAUUGCUAGAGCUAUUUUCAAUACUCUCACAAAUCAAUUUGAAGCUUGCAUUUUUCUUGAGAAUAUAAGGGAAGAAUCAAAACAAUUUGAGGGACUAGGUCAUUUAAGAGAAAAGCUUCUUUCUGAAUUGUUAGAGGAGGAAAAUCUACAUACUGUCACUCUCAAUGUAGAAUCUAUUUCCAUUAAGGAUAGGAUCCGCAGCAAAAGGGUAUUGCUUGUGCUUGAUGAUUUGAAUGAUGUGGAUCAGCUAGAAGUCCUGAUUGGAAGAUGUGAUUUUGCUUUGGGAAGCAGAGUUAUUGUGACGUCUAGAGAUAGGCAUGUUCUUAAGAAUGGAGUUGAUGAAAUAUAUGAAGUUGAGGGAUUAAAUAAUGAUGAAGCUCUUCAAUUGUUCAGUUGGAAUGCUUUUAAGAAAAAUUAUCCCACCUCUGAUAGAUUGGAGCUAUCAAAUAGGAUGGUGAACUAUGCUCAAGGAAACCCCUUGGCACUUAAAGUUUUGGGUUCUUUCCUGUUUGACAGAAGGAGAGAAGAUUGGGAAAGCGCAUUGGAUAAACUUGGAAGAAUUCCUCAGCCUAAAAUUUUUAAUAUGUUGAGAAUAAGUUUUGAUGAGCUAGAUGACGAAGAGAAAAAUAUAUUUCUUGAUAUUGCAUGUUUUUUCAAGGGGCAACAAAUUGAUUUCGUAAAGAGAAUAUUAGAUGGUUGUGGUUUCUCAGCAGGCAUUGGAAUUAGUGCUCUUGUUGAUAAAUGCCUUAUUACCAUCCUAGGAAACAAGUUGGAGAUGCAUAACUUGCUGCAAGAAUUGGCUCAUCAAAUUGUUCGCCAAGAAUCUGUUAAAGAGUUGGGCAAGCACAGUAGAUUGUGGAGUCCUACUGAUGUUUGUCAAGUGUUGACCAAAAAUCUGGGAUCUGAAAAAGUUGAGGGAAUAUUCUUAGACACAUCUAAAAUUGGACAAAUGUACUUGAGUUCGAAAGCCUUCAUGAGGAUGUAUAAUCUUAGACUACUGAAAAUCCAUAGUUCUAUAGUUGGAAAUAAGUGUAAAGUGCAUCUGCCUUAUGGCCUUGAGUUUCUUUCUGAUGAGUUGAGGUAUCUUCAUUGGGAUAGAUACCCUCUGAGCUCUCUGCCACCCAAUUUUCAAGCAGAGAAUCUUGUUAAACUUAACUUGCCUAACAGCUGUGUUAAGCAACUAUGGGCAGGAGUGCAGAAUCUUGUGAGUUUGAAAGAGAUCAACCUUAGUAAUUCUGAGCACUUCACCACAUUUCCAGAUCUCUCCCAGGCCAAGAAUCUUGAAAGAGUGAAUUUGGAUUACUGUACUAGCUUGGUUGAAGUUCCCUCUUCUAUUCGGUUUCUAGACAAACUUACAUUUUUUAGUAUGAGAUGCUGCACAAGUGUUGUGAGCCUCCCUAGUGGCAUGAAAUUGAGAUCGCUCAAGACUCUUAACCUUUCUGGCUGCACAAAUCUUAGGGAGUGUCCAGAGAUUUCAGAGAAUAUAAUGUAUUUAAAUUUAAAUGGGACUGCAAUAGGACACCUUCCCAAAUCAAUUGGGCAUCUCAGUGGACUCGUUGCAUUGAAUGUGAAGGAUUGUAAACGACUUUGGUAUCUUCCAGAGAGCUUGAGUUUGUUGAAAUUCCUUGGGACUACCGAUUUUUCUGGCUGUUCAUCUAUCACCAAGUUUCCGGAUAUUUCAACUAAUAUCCAAUUCUUGUACUUAAGUGAAACUGGAAUAGAGGAACUCCCCUCAACAAUUGGUGAGCUCUCCAAACUCUCUUGUUUGGAUCUGAAGAACUGUAGAAGGCUUAAGAAUAUUCCUUGCACCAUUUCUAAGUUGGCAUCACUUGAAAAGCUUAUUGUCUCGGGCUGCUCAGGGAUCAACAAGUUUCCAGAGGUUUCAAAGAGCAUAAAGAAGUUGUUCUUAGAUGGGACAGCAGUAGAGGAAAUACCAUCAUCAAUUGAGUUCUGCUUUGAACUUGUUGAAUUAAGCCUUCAAAACUGCAAAAAGUUUCAUAUUCUUCCAAGUUGUAUUUGCAAGUUGAAAUCUUUGCAAAAGCUUAAUCUCUCAGGCUGCUCGAUAUUUGAAUGUUUUCCAGAAAUUUUGGAGGUAAUGGGAUCAUUAAGAUGCCUUUAUUUAGAUGGAACAGCCAUAAUGAAUUUACCCUCACCAAUUGAAAAUUUGAAGGGGCUUUCUAGCUUGGAAUUGAGAAACUGCAAAAAGAUUCAAGGAUUGGCAGAGCUGACCUCAAUUAUAGACUGUUCAGGUUCACAUUUACAAUACCUGCGGAAGCUAUAUCUAACUGGUUGUGGGAUGUCCUGGAUUCCCGACUGCAUCGGCAGCUUAUUCUCACUGGAAGUAUUAGAUCUAAGUGGAAACCCUUUUCUUCAUUUACCUCAUAGCAUCAGCAUGCUUACGGAGCUGCAAUACCUUGGUUUAAGAGAUUGCAAGUUGCUAGAAUCAAUAAUGGCACUUCCACCCCAGUUGACAAAAUUGGAUGCAGACAACUGUUUCUCCCUUCAAUACGUGUCAAUAAUUGACUCGACUAUAGUUGAGGGAAACAUUUUUGAAUUCCUAUUCACUAAUUGCAAAAACUUGCAUGCAAUUGCAAAGCACAACAUCAUGACAUGCGCGCUAAAAAAUUUUCAACUUUACUCAAAAAGAUUACAUAAUCAGGUCUCUCCCCCCCCCUCUCUAAUAUUUAUUUAUUUUAAUCGACCAUCUCCCAUGUUAAGAAUCAUGAUUUUUGUGGUGCAGAUGCCUUCUGUGCGAGCAGGGGAAUCUAGUUUUUGCUUCCCUGGAAGUAGUAUUCCGAAGUGGUUCAGCCAUCAAAGUGGGGAAUCGUCCAUGACAAUCCAGCUGCCUUCAUAUUGGGCUAAUAGUGAGUUCUUAGGUUUUGCCCUGUGUGCUGUUAUUGUUUUUAACAACCAGAACGCGAACCACUUUGGUUUCCAAGUUAAAUGCAGAUACCAUUUCAGAAAUGAUCAUGGUGACUGCAAGGAUCUCUAUUGCUAUUUUGGUGGUUGCUAUGGUAGGAAUUAUUGGGAGGGAGAUGAUUGUGGAACAGCUCAUACAUUCUUUGGGUAUGAUCCCUUUGUGGAUGUUACAAAAGAUGAUUGGUUUGGCAAAUACAGUAAGCUUCUCGUGGAAUUCUACCCUGAAGACAUGAACGGUUAUCCUUUAGGUUGUUCUAAUGUUAUCAGUUGCGGGGUUCGAAUGCUGUAUUCUCAAGAGGAAAGAUUCUGUCAGUGUUCUUUCAUCAAUCGACAUGUAAAGGAAGCAUGGUCCAAAACUGAGGGUCAAAUGUGUGGCGAUGCGAAAACUAUGGGAGAUACUUUAUUUGGGUUAAAAUUCAGUGUUUUGGAAUGGGGGAUAUGUGGAUAUCGACACUUUGGGUGUUUCGAUGUGAUUGGUCAAAAAGAGCUUGACCUUCUUACCUCGGAGAUCAUCAUAAAUCUGUCUCAGUUGAAAAGAAUACCGGAAAAGAACCCGAGGAACCGAGUCAAGGCCAAGAGACAACUCGCUUGAGAUAUAGAGACUAGAGGAGCAGCAGACUGAGCUGCUGAGGAUUGAGGAUUUAUCAGCUUGAAGUUAUCGGGUAUAAUUUAUACCCUGCCUGUAAAUAUUUAUUUUGAUGUAUGUAUUGCACAUAAAUGUAUGGACAUAUAAAUUCGGUAUUGAGCAGCUUGUACAAAGUUUGUAUAAAGUUGUAA